AUGCUUCAAGCCUCCAGUGGGACCACGAAAUUUAUUGAUACUAAGAUUUCAACCUUGCAAGGCAUGAAGAAACUUGUUGAUAUUAGUACAAACUUUUCGUUGGACUUCUCAGUCACAAUUAUGGAGACUGUGGCCGACAUUCACCUUUAUCAAGGUAAUCUUGACCUUGUCUGUAGCUAUUUCUCCUAUCUUCUACCGGUUGUUCGUGAAAGAUGUGGUGCAGAUCACCCAACAGUUGCUUCUAUUCUGUCAAAACAAGGACUUGUUUUCCUCCACUUGGAAAACUUCUCACGCUCUAGGCAAUGUUUUACCGAUGCAUUAGAGAUUUUCACCGGAGCUUUUGGUGCUAUUCACCCCGAUGUUCUUAAAUGCAAUGCAGGUCUUGCGAGGCUAGAAUGGCUCGAUGGAUGUGAAGAAAAAUCUUUAGCGCACAGUCAGAAAGUUCUGGAAAAUGUGGAAAGAAUUUGCCAAGUCUCAUUUGAGUGCCAAUUAAAGCCAAAAUUCAUUGAAUUGUCUUCACAAAGCGGAAGAACACCAUCUCCCGAUGUUGAUCAUGAGGAACAAUUAAAACUUGAAACUCUGGUUUCUGAGUUUGGUAUGGAAAUAACCAGGGUUCUCAACCAGCAUCAACCGACUGAUCUCCGGGAUUAUCUAGGAACACCCUCAGAAAGUGAUGAUUUUGUGGAUUCCCCCGUCUCCAAGAACUUAUCUGCAAAGCUGAGCUUUAACUGGUUCAAAGCUGGUCUUUGUUUGUUCAACGUUGGAGUGGAUCAAAGUGUCGCUUUUCUCUUUCUCUCGUGUACAUAUGCAAGUAUGUUUUAUGAUUAUUUGGAUUGCUCUGAAGUCAUUUUACUGAAAGUGAUUUUUGUUGUGUGUCAUCUCAAAUCUAAGACGUGUCAAACCUUCCCGGAAGUUCAAGAAAGAUUAAAAGAUGAAUUCGGACGGUUGAAGAACUUCAUUGAGGACAAAGUGAAGAGAUUUGUUAAACCGGAAAGCAAAACUAUAUUUUUUGACGAAAAUACAAACUUGAUGAUUGCUCUGGCAGUAAUCCUUCAGGCGUUUGUAGAAAUGGAAAUGUAUGCUAUGAUAGCUGAUGUGCAUAGUUUAUUUUCUUUCCUGUCAAACCAACAGUCUCCGCAGGUAACUCAUGUAGUUCUCGUUGAAGAGCUUCGAUUUGCGUUUUUUAGUUCAAACAUGCAAUGUCUUGGCAAACAAGUUAUGCACGAACUGAUUUUUUCGACGCCUCUUGGGGUGAUGAACCAUCGAAAAGUCACUGAAGAAAACGAUGCAGAUACUCCCUAUAACUUUCAUAGCAAGGAGCUUACAAAAUCUUUACAUAAAGAUGACAACUUUGGACAAAGGAAAUCGAGGCAAAUUUUCAAAACUUUGGCACUCAAAACUGACAAUACUCAGUGGAAAGGAUCUUGCAGAUUUCUUGUGGAGUGUCCAAUAUCUCGUGGAGUUGAUAUUUCAGCGCUAAAUGAAAUAAAUGUGUGGAGUAUAAAUGCAGUAGAAGACAGUCUACCUCACUUGAUCCUAUGCAGCCAUCAGAGCAUAGAAUUGAAAACACAAUAUUUCAUAGAACUGGAACUCCUAGCCUCUGCAGAAAGCACUCUUUCUUCGAUUUCUGAUGAUUUUUCUCUUUUGCCAUUCGUGUUAUCGGCAGCUAAAUAUGGUUCAGAAUCUGAAGCACAAUCUCCGGUUCUCGUCAAGACAGAGAACACUUGUGAAGGAAGCCUAGCGUUUAUCUUCCAAGACAAAGUAAUUGCGAAUUUUCUAUUUGGAAAUCUUCUAAAGCAAAUUUUAACCAAUGAAGACGAACUUGGUGAAGUUGUGAACGUGAUAGUCAAAGACAGCCAGCUCGUGUUGAAAAUCCAAGGUCCAUCCAUAGGGCAUAUAGUGAUUCAGUGCCAUGAAGACACCAUCAAAGUGAAAACCCACUUGAUUCACUAUUCUCAAAGCCGUAGAAAAGUAGAGAUAGUCCGAGAAGAAGUUCCAGCGUGCAAUUGUUCUCUUAUUGAGAUGGUCAUCGCUGACAAAAUGGAAAAAUGUGCUCGUAGUUUUGGCAUUCAUUUCGAGACAAAAAUUGAUAAUGCCUGGUGUAUUGCGUCACAUCUGAGAGGAAACGCAAAGAAUAUUUCAAUGAGAGUAAGUGUUUUGAUGUUGCAUUCAUCACUGUAAGCAUGAAACUUGUUUUUCAACCAUGAUGAUGAAUCUUUGUUAUGCAACGAUUCAUCUACUAAAUCUAAAGUUCAGCUUACCAAUAUAACAAAAUGAAAAAUAUGACAAAGUAGGAGUGAGAAUAUUUCUUACUGCUUUUUCAGCUAACUUCAGGGAUUUAUGCAUUAUAUGGAAGAAAUCUAAAAUUUGGUUUUCUUUCAAAUUAAAGAACAGCUUCUUUUUGCCUUAAACCCCAUAGCGGGAUCAGGAGUUAAUUUUUGGCUAUUGUUAUACUUUUUGAUUCGUUCUCUUUUUAGGAGCACCAGCCGCUAGAAAUGCAGCUUAAAACCUUGCUUUCCAGACAGUCGUUCCUUUCGGAAUCAUCGAACCAAACAGAUUCCUUGAGUAUUCCCUCAACAUGUGAUCUUGGUACUCAAACAGAGCUUAGUGACUCUCAUGAGUCUGAAAAUCUGGCGGAGCCCACAUCAUCAUCCAGUGAAGUAAGUUCAUCACCAUCAUUACCUCCAUCUUCAUCUUCAUCAUCGUCAUCAUCAUCAUCAUCAUCAUCCUCCGGUGAAGGUACUGAUGAGGUUUCCAGAAGGUCAAGGUUAGAGCCAGCAGAGAAAGGUAAAUCAUCAAUGAAUUUCGUCUAUUCGUGUGGUUUAGAAUUGGAGAGACGAGAGAGAGAAGUUCCAAACCUUGCAAAUACAGAGGAAGAAAGAUCUAGCAUGGCUUAUCUCAGUGUUUCAGAGUUCAACUAUAGUGGCAACGAUGCAGAGGAAGGACAGACAAAUCAAACGCCACUCGUUCCGCCAUUAACUUUGAAAGUUCAGACGGAUGGCAAAUUACGCGAGAGUAAAGAAAACCUUGAGAAGUGUAUUCAAACCGAUGAUUGGCUAGGGCAGUCUAUGGAUGAUGAAGUUGAUGGUGCAAGGAAAACUGUUUCGUGUGAAAGUUCUGUAAUCCAAAAUUGUCAUCCCUGUUACUCCUCAACCGGAUCUGCUGAACCACCUUUUCAAGGGGAAGGUGGUGUAACUGACAACCUUCCACGAAUUACAGACCAGGUGGAGCGUCAUGGUGGUGCCGCUGCCUCAGUCAGUUGGUGCAAUGACGCCACGGAUGAAAACGGAAGGAAUAGGGAACGUAAAGUCGAUUCGAAGUCGCUGAAAGUUUCUCAAGAGAGGAAAAACAAGAAUCAAGAGUAUCUAUCAGGAAAAAGUCACAACACAAGGCCUGGGGAAUUUCUAGGCUUAAAGGGUGGAGGACAAGAUCUAUCUUUCUCUAACAGGGGCCGAGGUUACGAGAAUCGCGAAUCGGUCACUUACUGGAACGACAAGGACGCAAAGCCUGAGAAGGUUAGACCACGACAUGACAUGCGAAACACCAUAGAUGAAAAAGAAUCAAAUUUCUUUGGUAUAAGGCCUUGCUUCCUUGCUUGUCACUCAGAUGACAGUAGCAUUACCACUCCUAUCGAUGACAUGGGGAAUAUAGCAAAAAACGCCAAUGGAGGAUCCUCUAACACUUUUUCAAGGCAUCAAGGGUCAUCUUGUUUCACUAAUGAGCAAGGCUAUCAAGCUACUUACUCCUUUCAAGCCCCAUCAUUUCAUUCUGAAAGUUCAAAAGUAUCUGCUGACGCACAAGGUACAAACCCUCAUGGCUCCUUCGGUCAUAACCUUGCAGUCUGGGAUCUACCAGUGCUUGUUCGUCCUCUACUUUCUCUUCCCUGCAACGGAUCGGUGCAUCUCCAAACCCAUUCCUGCGAUGAACCGCGAAUUGCAGUGAUACCUCCGCAUGCUUUGAUCAAUGGUGACACACCUUUGGCGCAAACACACCCUUUUCCAGAACAGAGAAAAGUGAAGGGUCAAAGUACUGAUCCUGAAGUACAACGGAAGAGAAACUAUGAUUUUAAAGUGACGAAUGAAAAUCCUCUACGUUUAUCUAAUACCACUUCAAUUACACAAGGCUUAGUCUUCCCUGAAAUGGAAAUCUCCGCUCUACCACAAGCAGCCAUGAACAGAAAUCUAACACGGGAAAAAAGAACAGUUGAAGAUCAGGGCAUUGCUAACCAAGGUCCACCGUCUCUCUCCAAUGAUGAUUCCUUAGCUGACCUAGAGCGACGAGUGGCCGAAACUUGUUCCCUUGUCGAAAAAACCUUGAAAAAAAGGGAAGUAAAAGAAAAGGCAAUGAAGGAAAAAGAACGAAGAAAAAAAGAAGAGCGGGCCAGGAAAGAACAACAAGCACGUGAAAGAAAAGAGAGGGAGGCAAGUGAAACAAGACAAACGGAACGCAGGAAUGACAGAGAAGAAGUCAGCAACCUGAUGAGUGGUGCAGGGGAAACACCUACGCAAACCUCAGCUGGUGCUGAGGAUCGACAAUGGCUCUGUGAACAUUAUAAACGGCUCUGCCGUGUCAAGUUCCCAUGCUGUGGAAAGUUCUUUCCCUGUCAUCGUUGUCAUAACAACUCUGGGUGUCCAAAUGAUAAUUCCAAAGCAAGAGAGGCGUGUUAUGUUGAGUGCUCGGUUUGUAGCCAUCAACAAGAGGUAUAUAGACAUAUCAUUUAUUUAAUAUUAUGUAAAUGUGGAAAUGGAGAAGUUACAUUUAGACUAUAUGCGAUAGGCUUUUAAUGCUUUCUUCCUUUUUAAGAUCAACCAGGACGCCCAAACCUGUGCUAGAUGUAAAACAAAGUUCUCGGCAUAUUUCUGCUCUAUGUGUAAACACUUCACGGGCACAGACAAAAAUCCAUUUCACUGCACAAAAUGUGGUAUCUGCCGGUAGGUGAAACGAUAUUCACUGCGAAAUUGCUCGUUUUUCCAUUUGUUGGAUGAUAUUCUUGUUUUCCAAAAGUGUAAGGGGGUAAUUGGCCUGCUUCGGUAUCAAGUGUUACCGUAUGAAUGGAAAGAAAAGUCUGGCGCCAGCCUCAGGGCAAGAGCAACGCUUAAUAAGAGAGAUACAAGCUGUGAUCGAUACGCACAUGAAAUUUACCACUGCCAUUUUAUUUCUCCUCCGUCUUUACGAAAUCGCAUUAAAAAAAGUAUUGAGCACGACUGAAUAUCAGUUUUUGCUCCCUCAUAGGAAUCAGGAUUCCAUUCUGUAGAUCGAAUCGAGUAGAAAUAUAGGGUUUUCACUUUGCAUUAGAAAAUUAAUUUCUUUACGAUUCAUGUUAAGUUUUGCUCGAGUAUUACCUGCGAAGUGAUGUUCCUGUUUUCGUUUCAGCAUCUUCAAAGACCGCUCCUUCCACUGUGGUGUGUGUAACGUCUGUCUGGACAAACGACUGGAAGGAAGACAUUCUUGCCGAGAAAAUUCAGGACAUGAUGAGUGCUGCAUCUGUUUGGAGGUAAUGACUUACUCUUCGCACUAACAGGGUGUUGCUGCAAAACUUCUAAAGGGGAUUCCUCUGUCUUGUUCGUUUCACUUCGUUUCUUGUUUGUCGCGUCUGCUUGUAGAUGAUUGUCAGUGUUUGUGGAUUUCGUCACCCGUUGUACUGUAUAAUUAAUAUUUUGUGUUCUCACAUCGUUGUGAAACAUUACGUCAUUUUUUGUGUUCUAUCGAAAAAUAUAGCUUUGUAGGUCAAUGUUUAUGCUCGAUUAAAAUAAAGCAGCUGCACAGUUUUCACAGCCGUUAAGUCUGGAUUCCAAUGAGGUAAAUGUCUCUUCGUAUCAUUUAUACAUUGGAACGUUUUCCUAUCUGCCAGUGUAGGAGUAUGGAUUUCAAAAAACUGUCUAAAGACACCCGUGACACUGGUUGCAUACUAAAUCAGCUCUGCAGGAGGAAAUAUUGGCCAAUAGCUUUUUCCCUUUUGUUGUAAUUAUAUCCUUGUUAUCGACAAUGAAUGUAAAAUCUUGUAAAUGUAAUGUUUGAGUCACAGAUCUAGCAACAGACUAAGAGAGCACUUGAGUUUUUCUUAGCAAGGUUCUGAGUACAAAAGUAAGCGUUUUAAUAGAAUUGCUGGAAAAAGAAAUAAUUUAAAAAAAGUUGAACUGACAGAUAAUACCUGUUAAUACUUUUACUUAAUGGACGUGUGAAACAUUUAUUUGCAGGACGCGUUCAGCGGUUGUCAAAUCCUGCCAUGCUCACACAAGGUUCAUAGAGAGUGUGCCAUUGCAAUGAUACAGAAUGGCGUGUAAGUAUGCUCAAAAGGACAUUAUUUUUUAUGAAUUAACUAACAUAACGAAGAACACUUUAAUGCUCCCCUCCAUUUGACGGUAUCUAGUUAAAAUUCUGAACUGGAUUUGUAUCAGGAGUUGUGGCGGAGGCUGUAGGGGUCAGUUGCCUGACUCUCGACUCGACUCGACUUCUGGCUGCGUGAACUGGAGUGUCAAAAUCAAUUAUUGUUUUUAGCGUCUUCUUUCCUUUAAAGGAACUUGUAUUUGUUUCAGUUGAAUCCGUCAUUGGUUUGGGAUAUUAACUUCUGACUGCUGUUGUGAGUAGCUGGGUUUUGGUCUAAUGACACUGAGAGAAAAGCUCUCUUUACAUGCAGCCUUGGAACAGCUCUAAAUCUACAGCAAUGCUAGGUCGAUUGUGAGCUUUGCAGUCUCCUUUAGUUUUGCCCGUGAUUUUACGGUGAUCUUGACUUGAAUAUUCGCGCGUUUAAUUCAAACGAGUUUAAGUUGCAUUCACCUGAAAUGUUUCCUUUAAAUUUGCAGUCGCAGCUGCCCAAUUUGUCGGCAUCCACUAUACAGUCAGACAAAUGGCAAUGAGUGAAUGACAGGGUCCAUCCCAGGCCCUUCUCUUCUCACCUUGUUGAUAAAAUGGAGAGGACCCUGAGAAUGGAGCUGAAAGGAUGACUUUUUAUUUCCUUUUGAUAAUUGUUAGGUUUUCAGAUUUUUUAGACUUUAAGCAUAAAUUCAAUAACAGCUUUAGUACUAAAAUUCCUUGGAGUUGUUUAAUCGUUCGGGUACGAAGGCACUACCCACUCAGGACUUCUCAGGCGCAGACGAUUAGAUUACACAAUCAAAUUAAUCUUGCUCCGUGUUUAAAUCAUUUACUGUUUUACCCUUUUUAGUUUGAUUGAUCGGUGCGUUUUUAUAUUAGAUUGAAAUUUCAAAUUCGAACAAAAUUAAUGUAGUAGGUUUAGGUGUGUUAUGCAUGUGCAGGUGAUAUGUAGGUCUCCAUAACCAAACUAUCAAAGCUUUAUCACUAGUUAUCAAAUAUUUAGUUUUUUUACCAACAACCUAGAAUUUAGAGUGGUAAAAUUAAAUGACUUGUCGAUGAUGAUCUUAGACUUUACGUAAAGAACGCCUGGUUUAAGAUUUCCUUAGGCAUAUGUAUCUAGGACAUUGAGUUGCUUUGAUAAAUAACGAUACUCGGGCAAAAAAAAAAAAAAACAACAACAACAACCACGACGGAAAGGAACGAACAUCAUCGACUAUUUUAAACGUAUUACUAUACAAUGCUGCAUGUACUUUAUAAUGAUUCGAUUUAUCCCAGGAGCUCGUUUCUCGCAAAUUUUGGCAACUUCACGGGUCAUAUUCUAAGAUCUUAAUCUAUGCAAUAGCGUGGCGGGUAUUCGCUCAAAACCCAGCCCGUUCUGUGUCGUUUUCUUAAACAUUUUAUUGUUUGAAUUCCAAAGCUAUUGAUGUCUGAAAAACAGCAUUUUCAGACCAAUGAUUACCGGAACCUUCAAUAAAUGGGCUCCCGAGCAAUUAAAAAGACUAAAUUUGUAAACCUUUACCUUCAUUAACUUUGAGUCCCUUGGUUGUUGCCGGACCACACUCCGCUUGAACGGUGAGAGACACUGCGUGAAUACGUCGCCUAUUGAGGGUCGGGUGCUAAAUCGAAUCAUUACUUAUAUAUAGCACAAAAUUAUGAAUAACGAAUGUUCUAGUGAAUAAGCUUUAUGAAGAAUACAGCAUGCUUUUA